UCCAGGAUGGAGAAAAAUCUGUUCUUUCUUGCAGUGAGGAAGAGGCAGGAGAACAGUGAGACCCAGAACAAAGCUCCCACCUUCCCUGCAGCCUCCCCUGGCCUCGAGCCACUCCCUGUGAGCUGAUGUGCAGCAGGUACUCGAGGUGCUGAUGUGACACCCACCACUGGUUGCCAGGACCAUGGGGAAACUGCAGAGCAAAAUCAGCUUCCACACCUCCAAAUACAGGGCUGACGGCUCCGUGGGACAGGCGGGACCCGCUGGUGCCUCCCGGCAGCACAGCCCCACUCACACCGACGCUGUCACCUCUGUGGCUGCCCUCCAGCCAGACCUGUGUGUGUCAGGAGGAAGGGAUAAGAGCGUGGCUGUGUCCAGCUGGAGGUCCGGGGCUGCCCUGCGCCGCUUCACCGGCCACGAGCGUGAGGUCACCAAGGUCACCUCAGCCCUUGACUCCAGCAGAGUCUUCAGCGCAUCCCGGGACAAGACAGUGAUGAUGUGGGAGCUUCACGGGACUUCGGGGCCAAGCCAGCACUUCCCAGGACAUGACCUGGUUGUUACUGGACUGGCUGUGAGCCCAGACGCCUCCCAGCUGUGCACGGGCUCCCGGGACAACACUGUGUGCAAGUGGGACACCGAGACUGGGGAAUGUCUGGGCAGAGCUGCCAUCUCCAGGAAUCUGGUCACACACCUGUGCUGGGUUCCUGGGGAGCCUUAUGUCAUCCAGACCUCAGAGGAUAAAACCACCAGGGUGUGGGACAGCCGGGAGCUGCAGGUGGCCCACACGUUCCCAGCCAAGCAGCACAUCCAGACGUGCUGUGACGCGAGCCAGGACGGGCGGUACUGCCUGAGCAGCAGCAGCGGCUGCGCCGGCCACGGCGCCGAGGCCACCCUCUGGGACCUGAGGCAGACCAGGGGCCGAGUGUGUGAGUACAAGGGGCAUUUCCAGACCACCACCUCGUGUGUCUUCCUGCCCCGGGGCCCCACGCUCGCCCCCAGCAUUGCCACAUCGUCCAGCGACAGCACAGUGAAGGUCUGGGACCAAGGCACUGCAGCCUGCCUGGCCACGCUGUGCCUCGAGGGCUCGGGCCCGCUGGCCUCGCUGGCCGCCUGCGACAGCUCCACGCUGCUCUGCGCCAGCAGCUCCGGCAUCCGCGUGCUCCGGGUGAGCGGCGGCGCCGAGACUGUCCUGGAGGAGGUGGCGGCGUUCUGAGCACCAGAAUCGCCUGUCAGACACUGUCCUGGAGGAGGUGGCAGCGUUCUGAGCCCCGGAACCCCCAUCUCAGACUCCAGGGUCCCAGGAGGGGAUGUGACCCCCAAGAGCUGCCCUGACGGCAGGCAGCAGGGACUCUGUGCCUGUGGGGCAUGGCAGCAGGGCUGGGGCAGUUGCUGGUUGGUUUGUGGGUGGCAGGGAGGCAUCAGAGCUGUGCAGAAAAGCCAA